UGAUGUGUGUUCCAAUGGAGAUGAACUUAUCAAAAAGGAGAACCACAAUGUGGAGAACAUCAUGGCUAAAAUUAAGGCCCUGCGUGGGAAGGUGUCAGAGCUUGAGAGAGCCGCAGCUCAGAGGAAGGCCAAGCUGGAUGAGAACUCUGCCUUCCUGCAGUUCAACUGGAAGGCUGAUGUGGUGGAGUCUUGGAUUGGUGAGAAGGAAAACAGCCUGAAGACUGAUGACUAUGGUCGGGAUCUCUCCUCGGUGCAGACUCUGCUCACCAAACAGGAAACCUUUGAUGCAGGGCUUCAGGCUUUCCAGCAGGAGGGCAUCACCAACAUCACAGCCCUGAAAGACCAGCUGUUGGCAGCCAAACACGUGCAGUCCAAGGCCAUCGAGGCUCGUCAUGCCACCCUGAUGAAGCGCUGGAACCAGCUGCUGUCCAACUCAGCCGCACGCAAGAAGAAGCUUUUGGAAGCCCAGGAGCACUUCAGAAAGGUCGAGGAUCUUUUCCUCACCUUUGCCAAGAAGGCCUCAGCCUUCAACAGCUGGUUUGAGAACGCUGAGGAAGAUCUGACAGACCCCGUACGGUGCAACUCUCUGGAGGAAAUCAGGGCCCUGCGGGAUGCCCAUGAUGCCUUCCGCUCAUCUCUCAGCUCCGCAGAGGCUGACUUUAGCCAAUUGGCAGAACUUGAUCGCCAGAUCAAGAGUUACCAAGUGGUAUCCAACCCAUACACUUGGUUUACCAUGGAGGCUCUAGAGGAGACCUGGAGGAACCUUCAGAAGAUCAUCAAGGAGCGAGAGUUGGAGCUACAGAAGGAGCAGAGGAGACAGGAAGAGAAUGAUAAACUCAGACAAGAGUUUGCCCAACAUGCCAAUGCCUUCCACCAAUGGCUGCAGGAGACCAGGACUUACCUUCUGGAUGGCAUAGCCUAUCGGAGGGUAAUCCGUGUCUAUCAGUAUGAAGUCGAUGAUGAUCUUUCUGGAAGGUCCUGCAUGGUGGAAGAAUCCGGAACUCUAGAGUCGCAGCUAGAGGCUACCAAGCGCAAGCACCAGGAGAUUCGUGCCAUGCGCAGUCAGCUGAAGAAGAUAGAGGAUCUGGGAGCAGCCAUGGAGGAGGCGCUGAUCCUGGACAACAAAUACACAGAACACAGCACUGUGGGUCUGGCCCAACAGUGGGACCAACUCGACCAGCUGGGCAUGAGGAUGCAACACAACCUGGAACAACAGAUCCAAGCCAGAAAUACUACAGGAGUAACAGAGGAGGCCCUGAAGGAGUUCAGCAUGAUGUUCAAGCACUUCGACAAGGAAAAAUCUGGACGUCUAAACCAUCAGGAGUUCAAGUCUUGCCUGCGGUCUCUGGGCUACGACCUGCCCAUGGUUGAAGAAGGAGAACCAGACCCAGAGUUUGAGUCCAUCCUGGACAUAGUGGAUCCAAACCGGGAUGGAAACGUGUCCUUGCAGGAGUACAUGGCCUUCAUGAUCAGCCGAGAAACGGAGAAUGUGAAGUCAAGCGAGGAGAUCGAGAGCGCUUUCCGUGCUCUCAGCGCCGAGAACAAACCUUACGUCACUAAGGAAGAACUCUACCAGAACCUGACGAAGGAACAGGCAGACUACUGCAUUUCCCAUAUGAAGCCGUUCCUGGACAGCAAGGGCCGCGAGAUCCCGUCAGCUUUCGACUUUGUGGAAUUCACUCGCUCGCUUUUCGUCAACUGAUCCCCCCCCCCCCCCCCCCCCCCGCCUGCCAGUGACCAAUCGGGAUGCGUUUUGCCCCUCACAAUAACACAAGGCCAAAACUGCAUGGAUCUGAAAUGAAAAUUCUCUAUAGCAUCCAGUAUAGCAAUAUCUGUAUCUUGCUAUCACUCUUAACCCUGCGUAUUUAUCUGACACUUCCUCAUGCUUCACUGACAAUAGUGUAGUGGAUCUGUCUGCAUUUUAUUGUGAUUGUUUUAGCUGUUAAGUGCUUUGCUUUGUUUAACACACCUAUAGAGAGGAUAUGCUGUAACAUCACCCACAAGACUGCAGUGUGCUUUAAUAAACGCUACUGGUUAUAACUGGAAA